AUGUUGAAGCUCGAUAUUGUUCUUUGUGCGGCUGCUUUAAUCGCAACGGCAGCGGCUGCCAGUAUCGAUGGAGUACAAGGAGGACCGACGUCAGAAAAUUCUUUGUCGCGCGAGCAAAAUCUUACCAGUCUAAUCAAGGAUGUGCUAUUAAACAUCGACAACGCCCUGGAGAAUUCUCUCGAGGAAGUUAAAAGACUGGGUGCAGAACCUAGUGAGAAGAAUCAAAAUAUUGUAGAAGAGUUUAAACAAAACGUAACAAAAAAUGUGAAUCAGGUGCGUUUCGAAGUUGGCCGUCUUAUUGAGAAUUCCACAUUGAAUGUAACGCGUUGUUCAAAGUAUGCUACUGAGUAUGCAAAAAUAGCAAGAAACGUGACAACGGCUUUAGAUGAGUGCAUCUCCGAAUCAACAUUACUAACGCUUGAGUUUCUUGUGCAAGAGCGCACUAGCGCCAUGAGCAUACGAUCGGAAAUCGAGAGACUUAGAAAGCGUGCCCGUGGCUGCGACAACGAUUGUGACAAAUUUUUUCAAAACGUGAAUGAUGUCUACACAGUUACGAUACUCGGCCUUCAUGAUUCUCUUCGCGCGUACGAGGAUCUUCAUGAGGGGAUAACCGUUAAUAAGUGCGUGCACGAGGACACCCUGUACGACGUUUUCAUCCUUUACAACCCUUAUGUUAUCAAAUUAACUGAAAAAUGUGUGCGUUCUCUCAACAAAUCCUAAAUAUUCGAAAUAACUUUCGAAAAAAAAUGUCGGCUUGAUAUCGAGUGUUAAACGCUGCAUGAACACGCACUGCUCCAGUUCUGUCAAUAUUUAGUGUUAACUAUAUUAAUUAUUAUUAUUGUAAUUAUUAUUAUGUGUGACAAUUGAAAGCAAUACUAAAGAAACAAUAAUGCAUAGCAUAUUUUUUGAGUAUCGUGCAAAGCCACGUUUCGAAUAUUUUCAGGGACUCACGUUUCGUCCAAGGCAGGAGGAAACGCGAGUCCUUUUUCUGGAGAAAUCGGAUCACACCCAGCACACAUUUUGCCUCAACGUAACAGCAACGAUCCAACACGAAAUUGUAUUUUGAGAUUGCAAUAAGGCAUCUUUCGCCGCCGCAUAAUUAUGACAGCACGACGACAUCAGGUUAAAUGCAUAACAUAUCGAAAAAAUAAUGGCAACGCGCCGACGUUACGUGCGAAUUCGUAACAGCAAAGAAACUCCAACGGAACAGCACGUCGUGCGCCCUUCGACAAUAAUAUCAACAAAAAUAAGUCGAUUCGUUGGUAAUGAGACAGGGAAAUCUAUCCUCGACUCCUUCGCUCGAAAAAAGGGCUAGCGUUAAAUUACGCGCCUUAUUUACGCCUUAUGUGGCGAUACUGUACGAUUUUCCCCCCCCCGAUACAUGGCGAGAGAUGGCUCUUCAGCCUCACUCCUCUCCCCAGAUUUUCUAACGAGUCAAAAUUCGCGACAAAGGACAGUAGUCUACGCUCGACUGGAGCGAUUGGUACCUUGUCCGUUUUGUCACACACUGUAACCUUGUAUCGGUCUAAUAUAUAAGAAAUAUCAUCACGACGAGAAGAAAGUAUUGUCAAGUUAAUCCAGCCAUCAUUUGGAACCUGUUUGUCAAAUCCAACGAAAUUAGGAGUUAUAAGAACUAUAGAAUGAAUAAAUUGUCUUGAUAAACGUU